AUGGUUGUUUGUGGAUUUCUUGAUCACAAAAAAUAUCUUAGAAUGGACACAUUUCAUAGGAGAAAAACCGACAGGAGGGACGAGAAAUUACUUACCGUCGGCGGUUUUGUGGUCGAAGAGUCGCCGAAAACACACCUAAUCGCUGGUAAACACCCCAAAAUCGCCGGUAUAAAGACCCCGGUGGUGUUCCUGUUGGAAAGAGGUGGUAAUCGGUUUGUGAAUGACCUUAGGCUUUCCAAAGGGUCGAAGUGGAGUCGUAAUCGCCGGAGAAGAGAAGUGGGAGUGAUAGUGAGAAAGCAGAACCUCGACAGGGGGAUGAAAUCGACUUAA